GUUCUCUUCGUAUUCAGAAUACUGUGCUGUCAUCUGUAAGACUCACAUACAAAGAAGAUUUGCAAAUUGAUUGGGAUGGUCAUGGAGAACUAUUGAUUAAGUUAUCCCCAGUGUAUUCAGGAUCAACCAGUGGGCUUUGUGGUAAUUACAAUGGUAAUCAAGGUGAUGACUUUCUCAGCCCAUCCGGCCUUGUAGAGACCAAUGUGGAAGUUUUUGGAAACUUGUGGAAACUCAACAGCGAUUGUACAGAUCUGACAAAACAAGAUACAGACCCAUGUAAUCUCAACCCUAAAAGAGCAAGAUUUGCAGAAGAAGUAUGUUUUGCCCUUCUGGCCUCUACAUUCCAGUCAUGCCAUAAUGAGGUCAAUCCCGCACCAUAUCUGAAGAAUUGUCGCUAUGAUGUGUGCUCAUGUUCAGAUGGAAAGGAAUGUCUGUGUUCUGCAUUUUCAACUUAUGCCACCGCGUGUUCGAGAAAGGGAGUUCUUAUUGACUGGAGAACACCAGAAUUUUGCCCAAUAAAAUGUUCUGAAGGGAAGAUCUAUCGACAGUGUGGAAGUCCCUGUAACCAGACAUGCCGAUCUUUGUCUCUUCCUGAUACCGACUGCAAAGAAUUCUGUAUGGAAGGAUGUUACUGCCCCCCAGGACUCUACACCAAUGAGUACGGAGAGUGUGUGCCUAAAGCAGAGUGCUCUUGCCAUUAUGAUGGAGAGGUUUUCCAGCCUGAUGAUGUAUUUUCCAAUCACCACACUAUGUGCUACUGUGAAAAUGGACUAAUGCACUGCAGCUCAAAUGAAAUUCCGGGUGCCUACAUCGCCGAUGCUUAUUUUAAUCAGCCACCAGCUAGAG